UUACCCGAUCCCCCAAUGUGCCUGCGCAUCAAUGUCAGAGAAUUCAAAUUUGCCCAGACCAUGAUCUUUUCGAUUCAGGAAAUAAAUCAAAAUCCUGCUAUUCUUCCCAACCACACACUGGGCUACAAGAUAUACAAUUCCUGUGGAAUGACAAACAUAAUAAAGUCUGCUCUAGAUUUAGCCAGCGGACAAAGGGAGAUCAUAGAUGAGAGGAACUGUACAAAGGCUGACACUGCACAGGCUGUACUAGGCCACUCUGGCUCUGCACCCACGGUGGGAUUUGCUCGGAUUAUAGGAAGGUUCCAGAUACCAGUGCUCAGCCACUUUGCAACCUGUGCAUGUCUCAGCAACAGAGACGAGUUCCCAUCCUUCUUCCGAACUAUUCCCAGUGACCUCCAUCAGAGCAGAGCCCUGGCAAAGCUUGUUAAGCACUUCGGCUGGACCUGGGUGGGGGCAAUAAGCAACAAAAACGACUAUGGCAUCAACGGGAUCGCCGCAUUUAUACAAGCUGCAGAAAAAGAGGGGGUUUGCAUAGAGUAUUACCGGGCAUUUGAGCAAACCGGUCCUCUUCAGGAGCUAUCAAAAGUGGUUGAAGCUGUGAAGCACUCCACCUCUAAAGUCAUCGUGGCCUUCAUGUCCCACAGAGAGGUUAAAGUGCUGGCGAGUGAGUUGUACAAACAGAACGUUACAGGACUGCAGUGGGUUGGCAGCGACGCCUGGAUCACGGAUCACUCUCUGACUGACAGCGAGGGACACAGCAUCCUGGUGGGCUCGCUAGGCUUCGUUGUCAGCCGAGCUAAGAUCCCGGGGCUGGAGGAGCACCUGAGGCGGCUCCGCCCUUCACAGUUUCCCGACAGUCGGUUUGUCAGAGAUUUCUGGGAAGACAUGUUUGACUGCGUUCUGAAUGACACACAAAGGAAGCCGUGCAGCGGCUCUGAGAGCCUGCAGAAUGUCCAAUCAUAUUUUACAGAUGUUUCUGAGCUGAGAUUCAUUAAUAAUGUCUACAAGUCAGUUUACGCAGUGGCUCAUGCUCUCCACAGCCUGGUCACAUGUGAGGAGGGGAGGGGGCCCUUCUACAGCGGGAGCUGUGCUGACACUAAACACAUUCAACCAUGGCAGGUGCUACAUUACUUACAGAACAUCAACUUCACAACCAGUCAGGGGGAAAGAGUGACUUUUGACCCCGAUGGAGAUCCACCAGCAAGAUAUGAACUCAUAAAUUUACUACACGUGACCUCAGGGAUCAUGCGUGUCGCCACAGUUGGGGUUUUUGAUGCCACUCUGCCCCAUGACCAUCAAUUUAUAAUGAACGACAUGAAGAUAGUGUGGGGAGGAGGAAGUCACACGGUGCCUGUGUCAGUGUGCAGUGAGAGCUGCCCCCCAGGGAAACGCAAAGUCCUUCAGAAAAGAAAACCUGUUUGCUGUUAUGACUGCAUACCGUGUGCAGAAGGAGAAAUCAGCAAUAUAACAGACUCUAUGGAUUGCGUGAAAUGUCCCAUUGAUUAUUGGCCGAAUACCAGAGGAGACACAUGCAUCUUGAAGGAAAUUGAAUUUUUGUCGUAUGCAGAGAUCAUGGGGAUCAUUUUAACAUUAUUUUGUCUGAUGGGGGCGAUUUUGACAUCUAUGAUAGCACAAGUGUUCUUUCAAUUCCGGGAAACUCCUAUCGUCAGGGCCAACAACUCUGAGCUGAGCUUCCUGCUGCUCUUCUCCUUGACUCUGUGUUUCCUGUGCUCUCUGACCUUCAUUGGCCGGCCCUCUGAGUGGUCCUGCAUGCUGCGACACACAGCGUUCGGCAUCACCUUCGUCCUCUGCAUCUCUUGUGUUUUGGGGAAAACUAUAGUGGUGUUAAUGGCCUUUAAAGCCACACUUCCAGGUAGUAAUGUGAUGAAAUGGUUCGGGCCUUUACAGCAGAGGCUCAGCGUCCUGGCUUUCACUCUCAUACAGAUUUUGAUUUGCAUACUGUGGCUUACAAUCAACCCUCCUUUUCCCUUCAAAAAUGUGAAACACUAUAAAGAGAAGAUUAUACUGGAGUGUGCCUUGGGAUCAUCUCUAGGGUUCUGGGCUGUGUUAGGAUAUAUUGGGCUCCUAGCUGUGUUGUGUUUUGUACUCGCUUUUUUGGCUCGAGAGUUACCUGAUAAUUUCAAUGAAGCUAAAUUCAUCACCUUCAGCAUGCUGAUAUUCUGUGCAGUCUGGAUCACAUUUAUCCCAGCGUAUGUCAGCUCUCCCGGGAAGUUCACUGUGGCUGUGGAGAUAUUUGCUAUUCUGGCCUCCAGUUAUGGACUUCUUUUCUGCAUUUUUAUCCCCAAAUGUUAUGUUAUUUUACUGAGGCCAGAACAAAAUACCAAAAAGCAUAUAAUGGGCAAAACAAAAGAUAUUCAAUGUUAA